AUGUCUGAGACCAUAUCUAAGGACAACACUACCGGGUCCUCCGACGAGAUUGCCUGCCAGUUCCCUGAUGAAAUCUUCAAACCCUCGAGAGACGCGAUAGAUGGUGUGCUUCGAUUGCUCGGCAAAACGCUGAAACCACUCGGCGAAGAGCUGUGGUCCAGGAAUACAUUCUACGACCUUGGCGAUGGUCGAAUGGCAAAGGUCGGGCCGACAGUCAAGAUCUACGAAGCUCGCGCUAUGCAUUUUGUCCGCUCUUAUACUAGCAUUCCCGUCCCAGACCUCUAUAUGGUCUUCGAACAUGACGAUCAGACAUAUAUCGUCAUGGAGCUCGUCGACGGCAUCUCCCUACGCGACGCCACCCAUACUACUAACGCCGAUGGAUCUCCCAACUACGGCUUGGGCCCUGGCUUGAUUGCUGAUGACGAAGUUACUACCAUCAUCGAAGACUUGAAGAACAUUGUCGAAGAGCUACGGGAGCUUGGUCGCCGCUUUCCUCCAAAGAACCCGUGGUUCGGCGCGUGGCCAGAGGGUCCCCUCAGCAAUUGCUACACUUGGGAAGCAGUUCCUGCGGCGCCAUUCAAGAACAUCGACGAGUUCCACGCGUACUUUCUGGAACGCUUACGGCCUAGAUGUCCAGACCCCUCGACAUACGAGGCCUUGGAGCAAAUCAGACGCGAAGCACAAGACCAUGCGCCAGUUCUGACGCAUGGUGAUCUCGCUCCUCGGAACAUCCUCGUGAAAGGUGGGAGAGUUGUUAGCGUCGUGGACUGGGAAACAUUUGGCUGGUAUCCGGACUUCUGGGAGAGGAUGACGAUCGAGAACGAAGACUUAGGGAGCCGAAUACGUCAGGCAGUUACUACGGUGUUCGGCGAGAAGCCUUCCGCAGCGCAGGUGUAUUUGUAUGUCGACGCUUGCUUGGGCUUACCGUGGUAGCACCGAUACGAAGUGAGUAGAAAAUGAAGGAGAAGGAGAAAUGACAAUGGAGAUGUGGG